AAUUCCAUCCUCUGAAACUUCCACCUGCAACUUAGAUACAUCCCUCCUCUAACUCACCUGGACCAAUCAAUGGCUCCAGCCGGGUUACUGCUGGAGAACAACACCAAUGUGGACAGGAGAGAGAGAGAGUUGCUGACAGACUGGAGACGGGCGAGCAAGCUUCAGUGAAACAGGGAGGGAGAGAGAGAGAGAGAGAGAGAGAGAGAGAGAGAGAGAGAGAGAGAGGGAGAGAGAGAGAGAGAGAGAGAGAGCAGCAGCCUCGUCUGUCAGUCAGCUCCACAAAUAGAAAGCUCUCUCGCUCUCUCUCUCUGUUUCCUGCAGUGUUGGUGUGGAUCGCCCGGUUCUGGACCCAGAGACUCCAGAACCGGAACCAGCUGCAGCGGGAACCUGGACUAUUGGUUGUACAGUAAUAGUAAUAUUCUACCUGGACCUGGAGCCGGACUCUGCUGGGUCCAGAACCUGAAUGAUCCGAGUCGGUUCUGAUCUCUGAUCUGAUCCCAGAAAAACUAUGAGUGUCCUGGAGGGAGGAAGAGGAGUGAGGAAGGACCUCGGUGCACAUGGCUGCGCUGAGGCUGACCUGCCGCCUUGUCACAGCUCCAGCCCGCAGAUCCUUCCGCCGUGUUCACUAGUUCCUGCAGACAAGAGGUCAGAAGUCACCUGGACAGGUGAGCGUGAGGUGGAGUACCUGGACAUCUUCAGCAGGGAUGACGAGGAAGAGGACGAAGGCAGCGAAUGGUCCGAGGAGGAUCUGUCGCUGCACUUCUCUCCCUCCGUUAUCCUCCAAUCGGACGAUGAAGAGUUGGAGCCUGAGAGUGGCUUAGAAUGUGUGCGCGUAACCAUGGAAACACAGGUGAUGAUGAAGGACGACCCUCCUGAGAGGGGAGGAGUUACCGAAAGACAUUCCCGUCCACUUUCAUUUCUACGCCAGAACAGCAUGCCUGCAUCGCUGCACACUCAUCCCACAGCCAGUGGCGAGGCUGGCAGCUACAGGGUCUACAAAGGCCGUAUUGCAGGGGCCAACAGCGGUCUCCCGCUGGAAGGAAGCCGGCGAUGCCUUCAGAAAUCUUAUUCUCUGGAUGAAAGUAAAACAAAGAUGGCGUCAAGCCUCUUAAUGAACAUCCUGUCCAAGAAGAUGCAAGUGGAGCAGAGCAGCAGCACAGCUAACAGCCUGAAGAAGCUGGAGGCAGUACCUGCCCCGCAUGCUCCACCUGCCCCCCCUGCAGGGCAGCAGGGUGAACAGCAGGGGGAGACAGGUGCGUCCAAAGCUCCACUGCACCUGGUCAGAGAUGUGAAAAGUUUCAACAGCAUCAGCAACAGCAAAGCUGUUAGCAUGAACCCAAUGAGCUGCAACGCUAUUGGCCAGGAGGAGAGCGUCUCACGUCACCCAGCUGCAGAGGGUAAACAUCGUGCUGCCAUGUUUACGACAUCUCUCAGCAAAUCACAGAACAGGCAACAGGACGACGCUGGCAGCCAUCCGACAGCAAUUGAAAAACAAAACAGUCAGCCAAUGGGCGAGUCUGAAGGCAGGCCCCCUGUCCAACCCAUCCGCCAUGUCCAACCCAUCCGCCAUGUCCAACCCAUCCACCACGUCGAACCCAUCUGCCAUGUCCAACCCGUCCACCAUGUCCCUUCAGAACUGAACCAAUCAGAGACAGCUGCAGUCUCCCUUGCCUCCUUGCAUCGCUCAUCACCGGAUCUCCAGAAACAGAAGUCCUCUGAGUCUGCCCCAGAUCCCCAAUUCCGUCCAUGCUCCACCCAGAGCCAGCGCUCCACCCAAUGUGAAGCUUCUCCCUUUGCUCCCAUUCAGCUCUUCCAUCCCUGUUUUUACAGGCUGCAGUCCCACCUGAGAAGUGUCCCCUUCACUCACCCUCCUCUGAGCUGCAUGCCAUCCCACCUUCAUCCCCCAGCUCCUCCCCCUCUCCACCUGUUGGUGAACCCUGACAAAAAUCCGAUCAAAGUCAGUGAUAACUCUUCAAAUCAGACUGAAACCAGCAGAGAUCCGGACUGCAGGAGCUUUGGGAGACGUGAACAGGUUCAACUGCCGCAGCAGCCCUUACCUGUGAGCUCACAGACUUUCACACCUGGCCAGGUAUGCAAGGACCAGGUUUCCACUGCAGCACCCGGAGCCUUGCUUAGUGUCCCUGCUUCCUGUCACCUGAUGUUAGACGCCAGCAGUCAUCGCUGCUUCUACAUGGACGCCGGCCCAGCAGCUCAGAGGAAGCUGCUGCUGGACCCGGAAACUGGACGCUUCGUCCAGGUGUUCCUACCUGCAGGCUCCGCCCUCCCCAUGUUGGGGGGAAACCCAACAGUCCUGCCAGUCAUUCAGUUUCCACUGAUGGGCGUGCCCUUGCUGUACGGUAGGCCCUACCUACCUGUUACCAUGACAACACCUCAUGAUGAUGUCACCAUGAUCCUCCAUCAGACCUGAAGCUGCAGCUACUCCUCUAGAUUUUAUUUUUGCUAAUUAAUGUUUAAUGUCAGCGAAACCAAAGGACUUUAAAUAGGCCGUCUCUGCUGCAACAGCUUCCUUCUCAGGAGGUCAAAGUUCAUCACAGGUUCUGCUGACAAACCGCCAGUUGAUCAGUGGAGGACUUCAGGAUCAGAGUUAGGGUUAACCCUUUGCUUCUGAGCGUUACUGACUCCUUCAUUUCUAACAAACUUCAACAUGAAAAGCAGUGGAGUUUAUAAAAUAAGGCUGCAAUUUAAUUUAAUGUGAAAUCUUUGCUGAAAUAAAAAAUGUCAAAUUUUCAUUCUUUCAAUGUCAAACUUUGAAGCUUCAGGUUUCAAUAAAUUAACCAUUGUGAUCAAA